AUGUGCUCCAAUCUACCCUACAGUGAACCAUCCUGCCCUGUCCAAGAGCAAAGAGCUGGCCGCUUCAACAAAGAGCCAAUCGGCUCACCCAAGAUCAAAGAGCCAUUCACCUCACCCAAUGCCAAAGAGCCAAUCACCUUACCUGAGACUAGCAGCCUGCUGUGGCCACCUAGUGGUCCUGUCUCAGCUAUCAGCCUGCUGUGGCCACCCAGUGGUUCUGUUUUAGCUGGCAACCGGCCGUGGCCACCGAGUGGUCCUUUCUUAGCUAUCAUCCUGCUGUGGCCACAGAGUGGUCCUGUCUUAGCUGGCAGCCGAUUGUGGCCACCGAGUGGUCCUGUCUCAGCUAUCAGCCUGCUGUGGCCACCUAGUGGUCCUGUCUCAGCUAUCAGCCUGCUGUGGCCACCUAGUGGUCCUGUCUCAGCUAUCAGCCUGCUGUGGCCACCUAGUGGUCCUGUCUCAGCUAUCAGCCUGCCGUGGCCACCUAGUGGUCCUGUCUCAGCUAGCAGCCUGCUGUGGCCACCUAGUGGUCCUGUCUCAGCUAUCAGCCUGCUGUGGCCACCCAGUGGUUCUGUUUUAGCUGGCAACCGGCCGUGGCCACCUAGUGGUCCUGUCUCAGCUAGCAGCCUGCUGUGGCCACCUAGUGGUCCUGUCUCAGCUAUCAGCCUGCUGUGGCCACCCAGUGGUUCUGUUUUAGCUGGCAACCGGCCGUGGCCACCUAGUGGUCCUGUCUCAGCUAGCAGCCUGCUGUGGCCACCUAGUGGUCCUGUCUCAGCUAUCAGCCUGCUGUGGCCACCCAGUGGUUCUGUUUUAGCUGGCAACCGGCCGUGGCCACCGAGUGGUCCUUUCUUAGCUAUCAGCCUGCUGUGGCCACAGAGUGGUCCUGUCUUAGCUGGCAGCCGAUUGUGGCCACCGAGUGGUUCUGUAUUAGGUGCCUGGCUAUCCGUGAUGGUUCAGUGGCCUCCCUAA